UUUGCUUUUUUUUCCCUUUGCUUUAUUGCAAACAGCAUUCAGUGGUUGCACAGUGUACCUGGAGAGCAGCACGAGUCACUCUUCCACUCUAAGCCUGGUGAAUAAAGUUGAAGAUGGGCGAGUGGGGUUUUUUGGCGAAGCUGUUGGACAAGGUGCAGUCCCAUUCCACCGUCAUUGGGAAGGUGUGGCUCAGCGUGCUCUUCGUCUUCAGGAUCAUGGUCCUGGGAGCCGGGGCGGAGAAGGUGUGGAGCGACGAGCAGUCCAAGAUGAUUUGCAACACCAAGCAGCCGGGCUGUAAGAACGUGUGCUACGAUCAUGCUUUCCCCAUCUCGCACAUCCGUUUCUGGGUCCUUCAGAUCAUCUUCGUUUCCACGCCCACGCUGGUCUACCUGGGCCACGUCAUGCACGUCAUCCACAAGGAGAACAAACUACGGGAGAAACUGAACAGAAGCAACACUUCCAUGCUAAAACUUCCCAAGUAUUCUGACCACAAAGGCCAGGUGAAGAUCAAGGGCGACUUGCUGGGGAACUACAUGACGUCCAUCAUCUUCCGUAUUAUUCUGGAGGUGGCCUUCAUCGUGGGCCAGUACUACCUGUACGGCUUUGUCAUGGAGCCCCAGAUCGUGUGCUCGCGGGCGCCUUGCCCCUUCACGGUGGAAUGCUUCAUGUCGCGACCCACCGAGAAGACCAUCUUCAUCAUCUUCAUGCUGGCCAUGUCCUGCGUGUCGGUGCUGCUCAACGUGGUGGAGGUCUUCUACCUGGCGUGCUCAAGUAAUGCCCGGAGGAGAGCCAAAAUUGUCAGCGGAGCCAUACGGGGUCCAAUAAACGGCGAAGGAUUCCGAGCGUGAGCGAGUGGACAAAAUGGCGACCCCAGAACUUUAAAAUGGCCUCCGAACGGCCACUUCCAAAAAUAGUGGUAUUUUGUCUUUUAUUUUAUUUAAAAAUAUGUUGUUUUUG